AUGGACGAGCAUCUGCGGCAGGCGCAUCACGACGUCCACCCGCACUGGAAAGAAGAGUUGGUGUUCAGGACGAAGGAUGCCUUGGAUCAGCAUGCGAACGAGGCUCAUCCGCCGACUGAUGGCAACAGCAGUGAUCUUGCGGAGCUGAAGCGGGUCAUGGAAGACGCAAGACAGCAGCAGGCCCAAUACGCAGAAGCAGUGAAACAGUGGCAAGCGCAGGUUGCACGAAAAGACAGAGAACGCGCUGAACAAGAUAUACAGCGGGAGGCGUGGUUUGCACAGAAAGAGAGAGAACGCGCUGAAGCAGAAAAGCAGCGGAAAGAGCGGUUUGCACGCCACACGAGAGAAGUUAAGCAGGGUGAGUUGAGGCGCAACAACGCCCUGAUCGAAACCCUGGGGGCUGUGAAAGACAGCCUUCAAAACCUGCGAACAUUUGUAAACAGCCUUGGAAGUCUGCAAACGGUUGCAAGCAGCGCUGAGGAAGUCCGCGCCACGAUGAGAGAAUUACGACAGCGGAAUGAGGAGAACAAUGAGAGUGACGACGGGAAUGGGGAUGAGUAG